AUGACGCGUUGUGCACAUCGUUGUAUGCUGAGAAGUUUUGCUCCUAGGCGCUACAUUGCAUCACGACGACAGCUAUCUACCUUCAAGGCCGCUGACCAAACACGCUUCUCGUAUUUUUUGUCGCCAAAGGACGGACCUCAUGAUCUCCUCACCAAGCUGAGUGGCAAUGCUGGGUUAGAGAAUUCAGGAUGCCACAAUGCAGCAGUUGUUCUGGCAACGCCAGAUCUAGCCAAACAGCUUGACGACCAGGCAUUCUGCUUAGAACUCGUCAAGCUGCUGUCAUCUUCUGCAAAUGUUAGCAAUUUUCACCUCAUGUGCGCAGUUGUCGACAACAUAACACCCGCCUUGGGCGACGUUACCCCUUUGCAGGGCAUCUCAGUUCUGCGAGGCCAUAUCGAUACCUUGCUACCUCAGCUAUGGCAGCCAGGCCCUCCAAGAGAAAAGGCGGACAAAGAUUCAGUUGCAGCUCUCACAUUCGGCAUGGGAAUGUCAACUCUGACACUGCCAUUGACACGAACAACUUUUCUGAACAACAGAACAUCCACCCUACUGAGUAGUCGUUAUGAUUUGUCCCAAGACAAACCGGAGAUCAAAGAUAGAAACGAAAAACAGUGGCAGCAUGUCAACAUUGCAUUUGACAGACCUCCAUCUUCAGUUGCCGAUCUCGGAUUAUGGGCGCCGUUGUCACCAGUGACUCGGGCUCGGAGAAUAACAGAGAGUUUUGGUAACAUCGUGCGAGGCAUCGAUGUUGGUGGAAAAUCAACCCCAGCCUCAACAGAGUUAGAAGACUCUGUAAACAUCAUGUUUGAGCACAGGAAGCCGACACAAAGCUAUCAAGGGCCAAUGGGAGUGUGGGCUCUGAUCACGCCCGACAUACCUGAGGCUGACUCACUCCUCAACGCCAACGCUCCUGACCCGGCAGACGUAUUGGAGGGUAAAGCUGUGCAGCGAAAAGACGUUGAGUCAACAGUUCAUUACCUCCAGCAACAGCAUCAGCUUGGCAGCCGUUUCUAUCAAGUUUUGAGCGGUGGAGGCGGUUGGGGGCCCAAGAAGGGUCUUUUGUCUCUUGAUCCUCAACAGACGCAUUUUGCCCUGUCAGAAGAGGAAGAAAUGGAAAAGUUUAUGAAAACCAUGGAUAAUUCUGGCUUCGCGCCUCCUGGCGCAAGUAUCCAGUUCUUCAUCCCUACAAUGGCUCCUCCACAAGCAACCAGUUGCUCUGCCACUGGUGUUGUAUUUGGGGUUCCGUUGAGUACGGAAACAGCAGAGCUUGAUGAGUCUACGCCGAAGGGAUAUUUUGUUGCUGACCACUUUGGGGCUCUGUCUAGUCACGGUGUCUAUCUUUCCAUCCCGACAGACGCCAACUCAUCUUCUAGCCAUGAGUCAAAGCUCGGCAUUCCAGGUGGGAGAAUAUUCAUCGCAAAUUCCGAGGCCAGGCCAGGCGGCUUUUUUAAGUUCUUGGGCGCUGGAGGGCUGGCCGACGCCGGAACAAUAGCCCUGAUGUGA